ACAAGAUGUAGAGCCUGCUGUGCCACCAGAGCUCCAUGCCUGCUUCCCCCUCGGUGCUGCCCCAUGUCCUGAGGGCUGCUGCAGUGGGUGGUGUCCUGCCCUGGCUCCCCUCCUCUUCUUGGCCCUGCUGGGGGGCAGAGGAGGGCAGGCAGGCAGGGAGCAUUUAAGGCAGGCUGCCUCCUCCUCCUCCUCUGGCUGCCUCCUCCUCCUCCUCCUCCACCACCAUCAUGCCCCGGUCGCUGAGGCUGCUCUUCUUGCUCCUGUGCUACUGCUGCUGUUCCUGGACGGCUCCUUCCUGGGGCUCUGGCAAGAGGGGUCCUUCCCAAGGGGAGCCCUUCAAAGCCCCCUGCCAGGAGAAGGCAUGCACCACCAGCAGCAAUCCUCCUCCUCCUGCUGCUGCUGCUGGGGCUGUGCUAGGGCUGCUGAGGGGCUCCGGGGAAGCAUGCGGUGUCUACACUCCUGGCUGCGCCCCUGGGCUGCGCUGUGCCCCUCGCCCUGGAGAGAGAGCCCCACUCCAAGCCCUGCUCCGGGGGAAGGGGCUCUGCAAGGAAGCAGCCGGAGGAGCAGCAGCCACCCAGGCAGCAGCAGCAGCUGCAGCAGGUGAGAAUCAUGGAGCAGAUCACUUCACUCCACAGCCGCUCCCUUUGCAGAGCCAGGAUCCACUACAAGAGGCCCCGGUUGGCAAAGCCCAGAUGGAGCAGCUCUCCUUAAACAGUGAUGCCAAAGAGGAUCUUGAUACGGCUCCUUGCCGGAUGCAUUUGGCAGCCAUCAUGCAGGAGCUGAAGGCUCCACUCUACCUGGAUGGUCAAGAUAUCUUUAUCCCCAACUGUGACACCAAAGGUUUCUACAGGCGGAAACAGUGUCUGGCAUCUAAAGGGCAGAAGAGAGGCCAGUGCUGGUGUGUGGAUAAGCGAGGCCGUCGGUUGGAAGGACUGGAUGCAAACCCCCUCUGUCUGCUUGCUAACAGUGACUGAGUGGAGUGGCAGAGAGGGCACACUGCACUCCAGCAACAGAGACUCUCUGACCAGAGAGGAAUCUCUCUACUAGAAUGGUCAAAGAAAAUGUUUGCUUUUAACUUAUUGUGUGGCUCAUGCCUUGUUGGGAUCCUGCCUGCCCUGGUAUUAUCUUGGAGCAGUUACCUUAUCUGAAAACAGCCCACGAAAAGGGAGAAGAGCCUGGACUGGCUGCACCAGGGCAAUAGCAUACAGGUGACUUCUUUCCAACUGCAUGACUGAAGAUGCUUUAUUGUGUAAGCUAUUGGGUUUCACUGCAAAGAUGCACUGGCAGGUGGGCAAGCUAUUCUGUAGCAUCUAUUAUCAGUGCUAAACCUGCAGGCAAGUAAGACAGCCAAAUAUGGGGAGUAGUGUAUGUAUAGUUCUCAAGAGAGCACUGCACGUGGUUAUAUGAGGUGUGUGGUAAGGGAUAAGCUAAUGCCAGCCUGGAUGUAUUUAAUUGCCCUUCUAUUGAUGUAGAUUUGAUUCAGAACUGGGAAGGCUACAUGGUGGAAGGAGACAAGCUUAUAGAAGGGAAGACCAUAAUAUACCCCAAAGGGGUAAUAUGGAAUGGAGAGAAAUGAACCUGUUCAAGGGUCUCCAUAUUGCUGCCAAGACCCUACAUACAGGAAAGUCUCCCGGUCUCUUCAGUCUUCUGCUCAAGUAGCUUAUGGGGAGAGCUACCUGGAUGGUGAUGGGAAUUACUGAAGGAAGGCUUGAGUUGCCUUCUCUACAGACGAGCAGCACACAAGAUCUUUCUCUCUUCUCUGCAAUGUGCUUUUAAUUUAACUCUUGUGUGUUGGAAGGGGUGGGUUUUGACUUCUGUAUGAUUCAUUGUUAUUGGUUACAAUACAUCAGAUGACUAUUAAUACAGUACUUUGCUGU